UCCAUCUGGUUGAGCUGAAACAUAGCAGUCUCAUUCAAUCACAUCAAUUCACCUUCUUUGUUGGUCAUGAGGGAAAACCAAUAACCGUGCAUGCAGCCGCGAUCGCUGCUACUAGCCAACAGCUGGAUGCACUCAUUAAUGGAGGAAUGAGAGAAUCCGAAACGCAGUGUGCGAAGAUUGAAGAUGUUGAAGUAGACGACUUCAUCCGGUUCUGCGAGUACGCCUAUCGCGGGGACUACACGGUACCUCCGUGGGAAGAACUUCCGCCAGAACCAAUUCAUCCAUCUGAGGAUAAACAGCACGAUGGAUUCAGUUUUGAGUGGAAUGGGCUUGCUACCCCCCCCAUCGAAGAAGGAUAAGAAGAAGAAAGUCAAGACUGCGCGAGUGAAUCCUGAUAUAUGGGAUGAGCCCGUCCAAAAGGCAGAACCUUCUGCCGAGCCGGCACACCCCCCAGAAGAUGAAAAUCGACACACAUCGAGAGCUCAAUUACGGAGUCAAUUCAAUGACCGAGACUACCUAAGCAAAGAAAACCCCAAAACUCUGAUUCUGCAGUAUUUCCAACCCAAAUCCAACAAUGACGUAGAUCAGAAUUUCACCCCGGUCUUCCUCGCCCACGCCCGGCUUUACUGCUUUGCGCGUCUACGUUUAAUAGCGCCACUCAAAGCGCUGACCCUUGAUAAAUUGCACAAAACGCUUAUGGACUUCAAGUUGUACACAAAGCGUAUCGGGGACAUCAUUAAACUCGCGAGGUAUGCAUAUUCGAACCCAGAUCUGCCGGAGAGAGCCGAGGAUGGCACUAUAGACGACCUGAAAACCUUAGUGGUUGAAUAUAUCGUCUGUGAGAUUGACACAGUUGGAAAGUGUGAUGAAUUCGUCAAGUAUAUGGAGGAAGGUGGGGAAUUUGUGGGAGACUUUUGGAGAAUGACAAGAGACUAUAUCGCUUAG